CAUCAAUUGAUAUCAUCCUGCAGACUACACCACCCCAGUCAAAAUGCUUCUCGACGAAAGCCCCGCCACGCUCAUCCACCACACAAUCGGCAACUUCAACAUCCACCCCGACAAGCAGGCCGUCACGCGCAUCAAUGACUCCCUCUCCACCCUGCAGCAGUCGCGCGACCUGCGCAUGCGCGAGGCCGAGUCCUCCAUGAAGAAGCUCUCGCGCCACCUGCACUCCCUGAAUGCGCAGCACGAGGAGGCCGUGGCCGCGCACGACGCCGGCAAGCACGCCACGGCCAUGGUCGAGCUGGACACGAAGAAGUUCCGCAUCGCGAAGGCCGCCACGGAGCUGGAGAUCGAGAGUGAGAGGCUCGAGAGCGAGCUAGACAUGCUGAAGGAGCGGUUGGCGGAUCUCGAGGCCCAGGGGUUGGAGGGUGACGAGGGCACGAGGAGAGAGCGAGAGAUGGAUGAUGCGACGAUCCUUCGGUUGAAAAUAUACCGGUCUCUUGGAGUCGAUAUCGAGGCCGACGACGCGGGUAAUUUCAACAAGGCGGUCAUUCGGAACAGUCGCAAGGGCGAUGUGCACGUUGUCAAUAUCGACCCGAAGUUCUCGCGCUUCUUCUACUCGAAUUACUUCUGGUCGACGAUGCAGGGGUAGUCCGUUGGUUUUGUACUCGUUUCUUUUCGGCGUUAGGUCACGACGCUACGACUUUUGUUACCGCUCGAUUGUCUACAUAUACCCUUCUCUAGCAAUGGAUUAUUAUAC